UGCUUUGACGCCGCGAUCUCACGUGCGCUUUGGACCUCACGCUCUUUAUACGUUUGUCAUUUAUUUAAUUCCGUUUUUGCCGUGCUCUUCGUUUGAUGGUUCCAUUUUAUUUUCUUUCGUAUUCUUGCUCAGUUUUCAUGUCAUGUCCGCUGUUCGCUCAUAAUAUUCAAGUUUAUCAAUUUAUCUGUAUUUGCGGCAAUACGUCGUGUGUGCAUUUUGUGUUAUGUGCGUGUGUAGAAAGACGUAGAGAAGAAAAAUAAACGGCAGGCGAGGAAAAGUUUAACAAAUACUACAUCAUUUUGUAUUGCAUGUGCGAAUAAAUGCAAUGCAAUAAGUUGAAAAAGUGGAAAAUUAAAGUGAAAAUCGGUAGUUAAAUUUGCAUUGUAUUUUGCGAAAGGGCAAAGAAGAAAUUUGCACAUUAAGUUCGUACGUUCCAUAGAGUGUUGUUCGGCUCGGAUGGCCUCGGCUCACUCGUCGCGAGUUAGCGUUGCAAGAAAAAGCAAAAGCAUUGGUGUGUGCGCGUGUGAAUAAUGUGCUGAGCGUUGUUAUUCAGUGAGUUUUGGAACGCGGUUAAACUAAAUGCUGGAGGUGAGUUCCAAAAGCAAAGCAGAAAACGCAGCAUUGUUUGUGUUAAGGCACAAACGCUUUGAGCGGGAGCCUUUUCGCCGCUCAAUAUAAACGCAUAUCCACGUAUGUGCGUAAAGUGAGGAAUCACUCAGAAAAGAUUAAAGAACACACACAGUUUGCUAAUAUUGCCAGCAGUCUUUAGAGCUCUGAAAAAAUUGAAGCUUUAGCUGCGAAUAGCAAAAAUAUAAUGUCGACACGUAAAACGUCGGCAGCAACGACAACAGCGGCUGCAACAACGCCACAAGCUGCAACAUCAAGUGCAAAGUCGGAAAAUGCGACAGCAAAAGGAGCGUCGCCAACAACUACAACAGCAAAGACAAUAGCAGUGGCAUCCACAAAGACUACUUCAUCCACAACAAACACAAGUGCUGAGGAGAAAGCCGAAAUGGGGUCGAAUGCAUCCACUGUCACUUGUGUUGAUGUUGAAAUGAGUGAAGUGACAGAAUCAGUUAAUACAAACAAAGAAACAACAAAGACAGACAUUAAACGCGCCAGUAGCGAGCCAAAGCGUAUAACGAGAAAUUCUCCGUUACUACUGGCAUCUCCAACACCUUCUAGUGGCGCCAGAAAGGAGUCGCGUAGUAACGAAACUUGUGAUUCGGAAUUGACAAAUAGUGAGAGCGAAGACGGCGGUGGUGCUCCGCGACGAUCAUUGCCAAUAAAAGGGCGCAAAUCACUAAAAGAAUGUAGAGAGACCAAAAUAUCUGCCGAAAAGGAUAAAACGGAGACUGAUAAUGCGGCAGAAGUCAAUGAAUGUCAUAAGACGGGAAAGGAUGUCAAAGAGAAAGAAGUUAAGGGAUCUAAAGAAAUUAAAGAUUGUAAAAAGAAAGAAGAUGGUGAAACAGAUGAAAGCACGAAAGACAAUAGCCUGGCAAAUACACAUGUUAAUGAUAGCACUCAUAUUCAAGCAUCAGCAACAAACAGGCUAACUAGAAAGUCUGUGGCACAGGAAUUGGCGGCUAAUACCCGAGUAACUCGUAACCGCCAAUCGAACACAUAUCGUCCUGAAACUCCUCCAAACGCCACAACUUCUACAUCGACACGUCCUCGUCGUUCCACAGCCGGGAAGAAAAAUUCAUUUUCAUCGGGUGAGCCAGCUUCAAAACGUAAACGUGCCGAUGACGAAGGUCCUACAAGUGGAACUACAGAAUCCCAUGUUAUGAAAUCUAUCAAAAUUGAACCGAAAGAUGACUUCGAGGUUGCAGAGGAUGAGUUGCCUCCACCAAACCAUUCGACCGCCAGCAGUAGUAAUGAAACUGAGGCUUUGAAAAUAAAAUCAGAGCCUGUUGAAAGUGACGAAUCUGCAACAGAUGUGUGCAUAACAAGCUCCAGUGUGACGCGAAGUCGUAGCCGUUGGAGUGCACGCAAACCACAUCCAACAAGCCUGCAAAAUUCCCCAAGCACUCGUGCAACGCGGCACUCGAAAACCGCCUCGCCAUCGCCAACUCCUCUAAGCGGUAAUACAGUAACGGAAACGAAGCGCAAACGUAUCAACGCUCAAUCGAAUGCACUAACGCGUAGCUCAUCACUGACGCUUCUAAAGACUGCAGCAAUAACAGGCGUCACCAAUCCUGCCACCACACCACUUCAUGUACCUGACGACGACUCUAAAGAUAGCAUGGCAUCUUCAUCCAUAGAUGACUUGUUAACGGAUAUAAAGAUGGAAAAGUUGACACCCGAUUUGGCUGAUGAAAUAAAUUUGGACAAUGAGGUGGAUGAAAAACAUGUCGGCGCUAGCAGUGCCGUCGCUGUGCCACUCACAGUUGAAACGGAAAUGAGAAUAGAAUCAAAGGAUAUGAAUGUACCCAAUGCAAUUGAUGGCAUAAAGGAUGUUUUGCCAAAAGCACAGCCAAGCACGUCAUUGGCCACUACCAGUAAUUCCUCAGCAGCCAAUGAAGAAACUGUUAAGGCAGCUUCACUUAGUCCAGAAAUGGUGAGUGAAGGGGUGAGUGAAAUCAGUGUCAAACAAUUCUACAAAAAACCGAAAUUCUUGGAAAAUAAUUUGGGAAUUGAAGAAGAUCCAAAACUAGGGGAGAUUGUCCAAAAAGUGUCUACAGAGAAGGAAAAAGAGCAAACAAGCACAUAUGAAAAAGAUAUAAUUGAUGCAGUGGAUAGUGAUGGUACUUCAAUACCACCUAAGCACAAGGCAGCGAAUGAUGAGAGUGAUGCAAUAUCGAUUGAGAGCGAUGAAAUAAAAGAAGGUGAUUUACGAGUAGAUGAAACUCUUGAAGAUAAGAAAAAUUCAUUCACUGAAGAUGCCAAUAGCUUAAGCACAGAAAUUUUGUCACCACUAGUAAUCGAGGAAGAUGAUGAAGUGGAUGCUAUUGCCGAGGAUGUUAUAGAAAUAACGGAAUGUGCGGAAAGUGAAGCAUCCAAUGGCGACAAAGAAGGCACGAAAAAAGAUCUUGAAGACCUGAAAAACGUGGAGGAAAUAGAUGGCGAGGAUGAUGUCAUAAUGGAGGAAUGCGAGACAAUUUCAAUAGAUAAUCCCACAGUGCAUGAAAAUAUAGUGGACGAGACACACGUUGACGGAGAUUUAGAAAAUGACUCUGAUCAUUUGGAGAAUACAAUUGAUUUCGGGGUAUCAAAUGGGAAAGAUAAAAAAAUCAAAGAAAAGACUAAAACUGAAUGUGAUAGUAUACAAGCCAAGCUUACAGUUGAAAAUGAAAAUAAUAUUGAUACGAAAGAUGAACUCACUGAGGGUGAAAAGGAUGCAAAGGUAAAAUGCUUAGUUGAGGAGGAGAAAGUGAUAACAAAAUACUCAGAAGACAAGCCUCUCCAAAUGGACAUUGAUGGGGAUGAAUGCAUAGACCUAGCGGAGGCCAUGGAUACUGUUCAUUCAGAUGAGGAGGAUGAAACCAAAUUAUGUAUUGAUAUGCAGGAAGAAGACAGCCCAGCUGCUAAUAUGGAGAUUAUAGAAAACAUUGAAGACGAUGAGGUUGUUGCAAAAAUUGAUGCCGAGUUAAAAAAAUAUGACGAUUUAGAGAAGAGCAAAGUCCGAGAAAAAGUAGUACUUGCUAAUUCGGCUAACUCCGAAAAUAAUUUCGAACAUAAAGAAAUUAAGUUGCCCCUUCUUGGUGAUUUAAUUAUAUCAGAUUGUAUUCUGAAAGACGAAAAAGAAUCUAUUAGCACAACUGAGAGGCUCGAACAAAAUGAGAGCAACCCUGUUGAGAUAGCAUUGCUUGAAUCUGUAGAGGGUGUUGAAAUAAAGGAAUCAAACGAUACAGAUAAUACAGAAAAGGAGACGACACCAUUUUCUUCUACAGCAAAUUCGCCAGCUAAACCAUUAGUUGGUCAAAAGGAGGACGAUUCAACAUCCAUGAAGUCCGGCCAAUCGACCGACAGUAGCUCCUGGGUGACGCUUGAUUUGGAGCACGAUGAGGAGGCAUUGCGUCAAAAGGAGCAGCACUUGCAAAAUCUAGGACUUUUAACACAUAAGGCUGCCGAAAAGCAACGUCAAGAAUACAUAAAAAGCUCCGCAGCUGCAGAAGCUUCACGUGCCCAGCACCAAAACAGCAGCAGCACUGGAAGUAAACGCAAUGGCAAAUCGUCAAGCACUGCUGUAGCGCAGGAGUACACCGGUACGUUAAAAACAGUCAUUAAAAUAAAUCGCAAUACAAGCGGUGGAAGUCAUGCUUCGACCUCGGGGGCUAGUAAUGGCCGCAAAAGCAACGGUAAUGGCAGUCAACAUUCAACGGCUUGCGCUGGUACCUCAAAAGACGCGACAAAUGGCGGCACGGUGCGUAGACAAUCACUAAAAAUGACAUUCCAAAAGGGCCGGGGACGCGGUCAGGGACAUGCAGACCGCGCUGCUGAUCAGCACAGUAAUGUGGAGGAUGCCUAUUACACUAUACAAAACGAGAACGAAGGUGGGCUAAAAGCAGGCAACGCCGGUUCUACGGCGGAGCAUUCAAAUGUUCAAACGCAUGGUAGAAAAUCAUACAAUCGAUCUAACACUACUAGCCAUUCUACAAAUACCGCUACCAUUGACUCCUCACAUUCGGAGAGUUACGACGCAAUACAUCACCAUCCCAUAGCAAGUACUUCACACAAAAAGGACGAAAAAGAGGAAAUACUCAUACCUGAAAAGGCGUCGUCAUUCAAAUUUCACCCUGAACGCAUAUGCGAUGAUCAGUGUUUUUACUGUAGCGGCAAAUUUGGGCUUUAUGAUACUCCUUGCCAUGUAGGCCAAUUAAAAUCAGCAGAACGACAGCAAAAGAUACUUGCAAACGAAGAGAAAAUAACAGUCGAUAGCUGCUUGUGUGAUGCUUGUUUCCGACAUGUUGAUAGGCGUGCGAAUGUUCCAUCCUACAAAAAACGUGUGUCUGUAACAGGCGGUCUCGUUAAUCGCGCUGGCCCAUCAUCUUCAUUAAGUGUUAGGGAGAUUGGCGAUGCCCCAUUGGAAGUCGAUGAUGAUCCCCAGUUUCACAAGUGCUUAGUGCCAAACUGUGCCAAUCCAGCUGCACGUUCGCUGCGCCGCAAAUGCAUACGGAAAAGUGUGAAAAAAUUCCUGUUAAAAUUUGACAUGCCAACCGGUUCAACUUGCGUAUGGCUAUGUCAGACCCACUAUGGCACCGUUAUGCAGUGCACAGGAUGUGUGCUAUGCAAACGACGGCUAGGCAAAAACCACAUGUACCACAUAACAUCGGACACUGAUCGCCUCGAAAAAGCAUUGUCGAAGAUGGGCAUCCCGGUGAAGUUGGGCAUAGGCACCGCUGUCUGCAAAUUAUGCCGUUAUUUUGCAAAUUUACUAAUGAAGCCGCCAGAGACCAACAAGGAACAGAAGGAUGAGUUCGUAAGAAACUAUCGCAAACGCCUACUACAAUUCCACAAUAUUCACGAUGGAAGUAACGACGCUUCCGAAGCAGAUGAUGAAAGUCGCAAUGGCAACAAUUUUAUAGAUGACGCAGAAAAGCCACACUGUUCUAAGAGCAAAACGCAAAAAAAAUUGAACAAAACCGAUAGUAGCAUAGUACUUGAAGUGACGCCCGUAAAGAAUUUACCUUCACCAACUGCAGACUCCAACGGAUCUUCGAUUGAAUGUUUGGGCGAGACAACACCAAUGGAAGUCAGUGCUAGCGAGAAUAAUGAUUCUGAAAAACAGUCCCAACCAAAACCUCACCUAAUGAUUGCAAGCGAUGUUUUAGUAGACUAUGAUCCACCUACAACACUGUCCACCGAUUCAAAUUCGUCUAGUGCUCCGAUGUCUCCAACAAAUAGUGGAGCUCCUGAGAAACAACAAAUGUCUAAACUUAAGGCGAUCUUGCAAAGUAGCAGUGGCAGUUCCAGUGCCAGUGCGUCGGCCGUGAAAUCUUCAUCAUCCUCAACGGCUGGCACUGCUGCCAAUGAUAUAUCGAAUGUUCUGCGUGCCAAUCCCAACAUUUCUAUGCGUGAACUCUUUCCAGGCGAGGAGGAUCUCGGUUUGAAUUUCAAGGUGCCUUUUGGUAGCAGCACCAGCCAGCGUACACCUGAAGGUUGGACCAGAGUACAAACAUUUUUACAAUACGAUGAGGCAACACGACGCUUAUGGGAGGAGUUACAAAAGCCUUAUGGCAAUCAAAGUUCUUUCUUACGUCAUCUCAUACUAUUAGAAAAAUACUAUCGCAAUGGUGAUUUGGUGCUUUCACCCAACGCCUCAUCAAAUGCUAAUGUUUAUACACAAACGGUGCGACAACGUCUCACCUCAUAUGAUCAGGGUCACUGCGGUGGACUAGUCAGUGCCAAACCCAGUCCGCCAACUAGCAAGCGAAGCAGUACCGACAUUCCGACAGUAGAAAUCAAUGAAGAUGACGAGGAGCCAAAGCGCACUGGUUCGGCCCAAAAUAACGUCCAACAAAUGGAAGUAGAGGGCGUGGCACGAGAGUCUCCCAAUUCAAUUCGUGCAAAGCGCUCUCGCAGUGAUUCUGUGGACAAGCUCACCAAACAGUUGAGCUCUAAUGCUGUAACCAUAAUAGCGCGUCCAAAACCACACACUCAACCAGCGGGAGAUCCUUCUCCCCAGAAGUCACUAUUGAAGGACAAGUCUAUAGAUAACAGUGUAAUAGCUUCAACUACGCUCACUGUUUUGAGCGGUAACAACGCUAGCGGAGGUGGCAAUAAUACUAAUAACAGUAAUACAUCAAGCAAUAGCCGCAGCAUUUUGAAAACGAAUCUGCUCGGUAUGAAUAAGGCUGUUGAAAUCGUACCAAUAUCAGCUGCCAGUAGCUCAGGUGCUGGUGGCUCCAAUGCAGCGAAUACUUCCGGUAAAACACAAAGUGAGAGUAAACAUCAAAAAAUACUGGAUCUUGCAAAUAAGCUCUUGGACAAUCGAAUCGAAGCAGCGGCUGCUGCAGCAGCAGAGCAAACGAAAACUGGCACUGGCUCAUCAUUGCUAACAUCUCCACCGGAACUAGUAAGCUUACAGCGUCGUUCAGUUAGCGUUGCGAGCGGGAACUCCACUAAUACUGUUAGCACUAAUGCAGCGCCCUCAACUAGCAUUACAACUGUAUCAUCUCUCACAGCCAGUCUUAUAAACAACAAGCGUCCGCAGAGCGCUGCCAAAGGAGUAGGUGGCACCGGCGAAAAUAAUACAGCACCGCAUCGCGUGCCUCCACCAAAUGUGGUCCUAUUACCGGACACCCUCACAGUGCGAGAGCGACAGCAACGCAGUUGGCGUCCAACUUUGAUGCCUGUUGAGGAGAAUUUGCAUUUAAUUGACAAGGGAGGACCGCUUUAUCAAACUGCAGACGGGCGCCGGUUGCCAGCGCUGGUGCAAGUGCUGUCGGGUGGUAAGCCAUUCCUCAUCUCUAUUUUCGAUUACAAUCGGAUGUGUAUCCUGAGACGUGAAAAGUUGUUGCGCGAUCAGAUGUUAAAGACUGGCAAGAAUCCACACGACCCCAAGCAGCAGCACGCGCAGCAACAACAACAACAACAUCAGCAGCAGAAUGCAGGAAAAGUAGUGUCAGCGCCAAACCCACAAGCGGCGAACUUCAACAAGCACGUCGGCAAACAACAGCAGCAGCAGCAGCAGCAACAACAACAACAACAACGGCAGCAUCAAGUAGCUCAAGAAGAACUGUUUCAUUUGCAAAUGAUGCAAAUCCAAAAACAAGCUAUCUUAAAACCACCCGGUCGCUAUCCACCCAUCGCACCUAAAACCACAGCAACCAUUAGCCACAAUGGCGGUGGGGGUGGAGGCGUUAACGGACCUGCCACUUCUCAAGCGCCAGCUACGAACGUUAAUGUGCCAAUUUCGAGCAGUAGCGUUUUUUCCUCACCGAUGAUGCCAUUGCUCACCAAUGCAUUCUCAAAUCCGAAUUCAAACCCUCUUGCCGUCGCGGCUGCAGCAGCAGCGGCUACAGCUAAACUCAAUACCAAUGCUUGGAUCUGGAAUUUCCCUGAACCGAAUCAUAUGAUUAACGGCAACAUGGUAGCUGGCCAGGGUGCACCCAAACUGCCACAGCUGCUGCACAAAGGUCCGCCAGUCGGCAUCGGUGGUAAUAUUUCUGCAACGAUCACAUCGAAGCAGCAACAACAACAACAGCAGCAACACCAGCAAAUGCUUAUUAAUAAUACGUUGAUGUCGAAAAUUCCAAAGACUCUAACUGUAAUACCGCAGCACAAGCUAAUGGGCACCAGCGGCAACACGGCGUCUAAUAUAAGCCACAAGGAGUGAUGACGACUUAAUUGUUACGCGAGUGUGAAGGGUAGAAGAGAACGCAGACAGAGUAGACUGUACGGAGCAUGGCUGAGUAGUUGAGCAGUUAGUGAUUAGAUGAGGACGACGAGGAGAUAAACAUGUAAGAUUGCCUUUCGCCAAGAGCUUACACAUAAAUACAGGUAAACUUCCAGCUUUCGCUUCAGUGCAGAUCACAUAGCGAUCGUAUCGACUUAAGCGAAAGCAUAAGUAUGUAAAGAAACCAUUUUAGAUAGUUAAGUUGUUGCCAGUACCCUAAGCAUUCAACAGAGUAAAUAAGUGGACUAAAAACUAAGUAUUGUUAUUUGGCUGGUGCUUUUACAAACCUAAACCGAGUUCAGCAUUUAACGCCAUAUCAGUUAAAAAGAAAUGAGAUUAGCGUAUGCCAUGCAGAAGAUUUAAUUAUUUGCUGAUGGAAAGAUUUAAAGAAAAACAAAAUUUCGGCAUUUUUGCACGACAGUCUCAAAUAAAAUGUAAUCUUGGCCUAAGCAACAGUUGAUGAUUUUUUUGCUAUAACACCAUUUACACUGUUAUUUGCGAUGAUUGUAACAUUUCACAAAACUUGCUUCAGAGUUCCAUACUAUUUUUGUGUCUUUGACUUUUAUAACAAUUAACAGUUCCAUUUAAAGUAGAUUUAAAUAUAUGCUGCUAUGUGAGUGCAAUUGCAUAUUUUUCAUGCAUAAAAACACACAAACACAAAAUAGAUUAAAUGGUUUCAAGAAACACACUAUGCAACAUACACAUGCAACUCCUUUGGAUGAUAUGAAAUUAAACAUUGCAGACAAUCAUAGAAUUCAAGCGGUUAUGUGCUGAAUUGCAAAAUUUAAAAAAAUGCUGCCAAACAACGGUCGAUUGAUUUUCAGUUUCAGAACAUAGAACGACGUGAAAAAUCAGUUCAUCAUCAGAAAUAAAAUUAGAUUAGGAAGGAAACACCAAAUUAUUAUAAAACAUAUAAAUGAAUGCUAGCUGGUAUGGCUUGCUGUUGUGUGGUUGAGCUCGGCGAAAGUGAUGUGAUUGCACAGAAUGUAAAUAAAUAUGUUAAAGCGUUUGUUAAAACUACUACAACAAAUUAUAUAUAGAUCUGAUAAACAAUUGUUAAAUAUGUAGAGCUCAAACAACUGCACAUUUUUACGUAAAGGCGGUAACAGACCAGACUCUGUGCUUAGUUAAUGUGUAAACGCGCAUAUUAUCACACUUUAUCACUACGUGAAUUAUUCUUUCAUAAUAGCAGAUAUUUUGCCGCAAUGUUUUAAAAAGUAUGUUGGCGGUUAUUUAUCAGGGAGAAUUUUAUGCAUAAUAAUUAUUACAUGUUUCACCAUCCCAACUCUGCAAUCUCAGCGCGGAAAAUGUAAAGUAAGUAAAAAACAAAAAUGAUUUACUUGCAUACAAACGCCCACACAUUACAUUGCAAAACGUAUAUAAAACAAGAAAACACAUCUACAUAUAUAAAAAAUAUCAAAAAAAAAAUUUUAGUUAUAGAUCUAUAUUUAUUAAUAAAUAAACUAAAAAUGAAAAAAAAAUAGGAUUAAAACGUAUUUUAGUAUAGCAGCGGAUGAAAAAAUACCGCAUCCUUUUUAGGCAAUAAUAACAAUAACAAAGUAAUAUAGUAGUAUGUAAAAGCAAAGCGUACAGCGCAUGAAAUGAAAUCUAACCUCAAAAUUGCCCUUACAAAAUUAAAACCUUAGAUUAGUGAAUAAAAAGCAUCAAAACAAAUCAACAAAACUUUUAUGAAAAUUUAAGGAAAACAGUGCCUAAAAUAAAAUACAGACAAAAUGAAACCGAAACAACAAGCGAAAUUCUGCAGGAAUUAAAGUUUAAAUUUAUUGUAUGAUACAAUAUACAUAUGUAUUUAUAUUUAUGUUCAUAAACAUUUAAAAUGGUUUAAAGCAAGACUCUAAGCACAACAAAAACGUUGGCUGGAGUGUUACCAAUGUGAAACUGAACUUCACGUUGAAUUAAUAUUUUCAUUUAUUCAAAUUGAUUAUAUAAAAAAAAAACAUUGUUGUUAAUUAUAUACACAUAUACAUAUACAUAUAUAUAUUCAUAAUCAUUCAGACAAAAACACUCAUAAAUAUAUUUACAUAAAAAAUCAGGCAUUUACUAUUGUACAAUGCGAGCAAAUGUAUAGAAAGUGAGUAAAAUGAAUGGAGAAUUGCAUUAAUCAUUACUUAUAUGCUUAUACUUUAAUUAUACGAUUGGAUUACUUGUUAAUUUAGCUUAAGCUAAACUACCACAUAAUUAGGUAUGUAUAUCUUAGCGAUAAGUUCCAUACUAAAUUAUUUAAUUUGACUUUGUUUAAUUUAAUCAUGCAUUAAUCAAAUGAUUACUUACAUUUCAAAUAUUAUAAAAUAUUAUAGCACUAGCUGAAAAGUCUUUAGUUUACUUCAAGCAUUAAAAUGUCAAAAAGAACUUAGUAUUGGCAUAAAUAAAAAGUUUAAGAUUCCUAUUGCAUUGAUUUUCUGCUGCAUACAAUUACUCUAUGUAAUUACGGACAUAAAUAUGGUAUAUACUAUACACGCAUACAAACAUAUAUGAAUGCUUAAGCUGCGUAAUGUAAUCACUUACAAAUAUCGCGCACUCUAUUAUCAAAUUUGUUUAUGCCUGUAGUAUAAUUAUAAUUUUAAAGAAAUAUCAUUUCCAUGCUUUUACUUAAGUUUCAAAGGCAAUUACAUAAUCUGGAAAUGUAAUAAAAAGAUACAUAUAUAAAAUACAUGAACUCUUA